AUGGACGAACUGCAGGAUGUUCAGUUGACAGAGAUCAAACCACUCCUGAAUGAUAAGAAUGCGGCUCGCAGCUUCCAGGACUUCGACUGUCAGGAACAUGACAUUGAGACAGCUUUUGGAGUGGUCCAUGUCACCAUGCGGGGCACACCCAAGGGGAACAGACCUGUCAUCCUCACAUACCAUGACAUUGGCCUCAACCACAAAUCCUGUUUUAACGCAUUCUUUAACUUCGAAGACAUGCAAGAGAUCACUCAGCAUUUUGCUGUGUGCCACGUGGAUGCACCAGGCCAGCAGGAAGGAGCCCCCCCAUUCCCAUCUGGGUACCAGUAUCCCAGUAUGGAUGAACUGGCUGAAAUGCUGCCCGCUGUUCUGACGCACCUGAACCUGAAAAGCUUCAUUGGGAUUGGACUGGGAGCUGGCGCUUAUGUCCUCAGCAGGUGUGCACUCAGCCAUCCCGACCUCGUGGAGGGACUCGUUCUUAUUAAUGUUGAUCCCUGUGCAAAGGGCUGGAUUGACUGGGCAGCAUCGAAGUUUUCAGGCUGGACAACCAACAUAGUGGAUAUUGUCUUGGCACAUCAUUUUGGCCACGAGGAACUGCAGGCAAAUCUAGAUUUGAUCCAAACAUACAGGCUUCAUAUCGCGCAGGACAUUAACCAAGAUAACCUUCAGCUGUUCCUCACUUCAUAUAACAGUCGUAGAGACCUGGAAAUUGAGAGACCAGUUCUUGGCAUCAAUGAAAAUACUGCAAAAACACUCAAGUGCCCUGCCUUGCUAGUGGUGGGCGACAACUCACCUGCCGUGGAAGCAGUGGUUGAAUGCAAUUCACGUCUUGACCCAACCAAAACUACCCUUCUGAAGAUGGCCGACUGCGGGGGCCUGCCCCAGGUGGUUCAGCCCGGCAAGCUGACUGAAGCCUUCAAGUACUUUGUGCAGGGAAUGGGCUACAUGCCAGCAGCUAGUAUGACCAGGCUGAUGCGCUCCCGUACUCACUCCUCCUCUAGCGUGGGCUCUGGUGAGAGCGUCCGCAGCCGGUCUCAUACUAGCAACCAUGGUGAAGGAAGUGCUGGAACCCCAGAAGGAAUUGACCUCCAGGAUGCACCUCAAACCAUGGAAGUAUCCUGUUAGGCAGGACCCCCUCUUCUGGAUUCAGACAACUCCACUCGCCCCCACUGAACCCACUCAGAAUCUAGCAUUUCAUCCAACAUGGCAUUAACUGUCCUCUCUAACUUGUGCAUGCCCAUCUGAGCUGCCACCUCCUUGGUAGUCUGUACUUGGCAUUACUUUGGUCCUUUCUGUAUGCCGUUGGCAUCAGAGCCUCUUUAA